ACACACAGAGCAGCAGAAACACACAUCCAACAGGCAAGAAGGGAAGAGCGACUUGUUUCAGUAACUAUGGAGCAGCAGGACGGGGCUGAGCAUGGAGACACCUCUGAGUUAGUGAUUCUGGGAGCAGAGCUGCUGACCAGGUGUUGUGACGUUUAUCGGGCAUCAUGUGUUGAACAACAACAGGAAAACUGACUGACAUACGAAGAAUAAAGCAUCAUUAUGAUUCCAGCCACUCUGUCAGAAAAUGUAUGACAGGAAGUCAGUCCUGAUGACGGAUGGUAGAGCGACCUGAGCUCCUCCUGGGCGCCGUCCAGCACCAGUACGUUAAUGGUUGGAACCGCCCGCCCCGACCUUCAUUACUGCCCACGCAGACACAGCCUGGUGAUCACCGGUGCCAUGGGAGCGGUGCGGGUCAACAGAUACAGCAUCGUUUCCACCGAAGAAGAUGUCCUGAAGAUCUCCAGCUUGGGCCUUCACAAUAGCCAAAGUCCUCUGACACUGCAGAAACCGUCAGGCGCCUGCAUGCUAGGUGAGGAAGGAGGAGGAGGAGCAGGCGGGCAGUGUCCAGGAAGUGAAGAAGGGCGUGGAGCUUUGCCUUUGAGGCUGACAAAUGAACCCAUCCAUCAUAGCAGCUGCCGCUCUUCCCCUUCGUGCCGCCUGGACCUGGAAACCAGGCGCUUGCGCACUCGCUUCGUGAAGAAGAACGGCCAGUGUAAUGUGGUUUUCAACAACAUGGAGGACAAACCACGGAGAUACCUAGCUGACAUAUUCACAACCUGUGUGGACAUCCGCUGGCGUUACUUGUUGCUCAUCUUCACCACCACCUUCCUGCUGUCAUGGCUGCUGUUUGGACUAGUCUUCUGGGGAGUGGCCCUCGCUCAUGGAGACUUUAACCUAUACGUUCCUGUGAAGGACAGGGAUUCUUGGGCUACCACAGAGGAGGGGAAAGAGGAGUGGCGGCCAUGCAUCCUCCACGUUCAGGGUUUCAUCGGGGCAUUCCUCUUCUCCAUAGAGACCCAGACCACUAUUGGAUACGGUUUCCGGUGCGUCACUGAGGAGUGCCCAAUCGCCGUUGUGACUGUGGUGUUGCAGUCCAUCGUCGGCUGCAUAAUUGACUCUUUCAUGAUCGGCACCAUCAUGGCAAAGAUGGUUCGGCCCAAAAAGAGGGCCCAGACCCUGCUGUUCUCUCACAAUGCCGUCAUCGCUCUACGGGACGGUAAGCUCUGCCUCAUGUGGCGACUAGGGAACAUGCGCAAGAGCCACAUCGUUGAGGCCCACGUGCGCGCUCAACUCAUUAAGCCUCAUGUGACAGUGGAGGGGGAGUACCUGCCGUUAGAGCAAACGGACAUCGAUGUUGGCUAUGACGACGGAUUGGAUCGCUUGUUUCUGGUUUCGCCUCUGGUGGUUGUCCAUGAGAUCAACAAAUCCAGUCCUCUGUACAACCUGAGCCGCAGUGACGUGCAGAAGGAAGACUUUGAGAUCGUGGUCAUUCUGGAGGGAAUGGUGGAGGCCACGGCGAUGACCACUCAGGCCCGCAGCUCCUACUUGGCCAGGGAGAUCCUCUGGGGUCACCGCUUUGAGCCUGUUGUGUUUGAGAAGGGCGACCGCUAUCAUGUGGACUAUUCCCGCUUCCAUAAGACUUAUGAAGUGCCAUCUACACCUCACUGCAGUGCCAGGGAACUGAGCCAGAGAAAAGGCCAAACGUCGUCCUCCAGUUCCAGUUACUCCCAGUCUCCAUCGCUGUUUGCUCCGAGAGCAGCGAGGCGCCUUCAGGGCUCUCACUCCCCCAGCGCUUUCUGCUAUGAGAACGAGGUAGCUCUGUGCUGCGGAGACGAUGACGAGGGUGCAAAAGAGGAGCUGGAGAGGCUAAACGUAGGAACUAAAAGGGAGGCGAAAAUGAGAGAUGACAUUCAUUUAGAUUUCAAGGGGGCGUUUGUGAAGGAGCAGACGGUGGAGAUGUUGUGUGUUCUGGACACUGAGAACCAGAUCAGCCUUGACAGACUACAGCCCAGCCUUCCUUUAUACAUCAGCAGAGAAUCAGGAGUUUGAUCCGUGAAUUUGAUGCUCCUUCACUUUGUUUUCGCUCUUUGCAUCCAACCAAAGCUCUGAACUGGGUUUUAAAAGAUGGAGGACUCGGUUUAACCUGUGUGGGUGUGAGGGUUGUUGCUAAUCCUAAUUACUUUGGUUUCAGGUCACAAACUAUGACGGUGUGUUAGAGCCACGCAGAAGAAAAUCUAAAUUUUACUUACAAAAAAGCCAAAAUUAUGUUAUUUACAUUAGGAAUUGCCUUUUUUAACUGAAGACUCUAUCUAAAAAUAACAAGUAGAGGUGAUUAAACCAGAAUCCACUUCCUCUAAUCCUUCACAAUAAAAGUCUUAAAGAGUAGGUUUACUGAACGCUGUAUUUUUAAUGAUUAUUUCUGGUUAUAGUCAGUCACUCUGAGUGUUUCAUGCAGGCUGAACGUGAAAAUAGUCUCCUACACCUUUCUCCUGCAUUAACGUCUGAUAGAAAAUGGACGGUGAAACUCUGGGAUUAGAAAAGCCUGACAAAUCUACAUCACUCUGUCACCUAAUAUUCAUGGACUCACCCAUCUUGACUCAUGACGGGGAAAGCUGUCGUUGGUUUAGUGUCCAGGAAACAGCAGAGGACAUCUCGACUAGUAGAAGCUAACUGUUAACAUUAGCAACUUCACCUCACAGCAGAACUCCUCCAGGCUUGUGUUAUUUGUGGAGAUAAAACAUCAGUGUUGCUAAGCAAAGACUCCAAAUCCUGCCAUCUUCUGCCACUUUCUCCUCAGGCUGACUACUAUGUCCCCCGCACUGGAGCUUUUUUUUCCCUAAAGAACGACUUACAUCGCAUUCAUUCCCACUAGAGACCACUGCAAAGGUAUAAAAAGAUGAGUAAAGUCAGCGUUCGUUUACGGGCAAGCUAAGGGGGCUCCCCUGGAAGCCCUCGACCCACACACCCUGAGUGCGCCCGAAAAAAUUUUAAUCUCAGAGUUACAAUUUUAUUCUUGAAAUAAAAAUUUUUGCAACAUUUCAACUCUUUUUUUUCUUCUUAGUAGACUUAAAACUCCGUCAUACUUUAAGUGAUAAAAUCAGCAUGUUUAAAACCUCUCGGUGAACCACGAUGACCCCGAUUAACAACACUCGAUUGCUUUUGUCUUGAUUUUUUCGGUAUAACAGUUGUGUGAUCUCUAUCUAUCUGAUGUUUUCUGUUGUUGAUUUUCAGUCUUUAUGUAAAUAUAUGCUUUUAUUUUCAUUAUUUUGAAUCAUAUUGAGGAAAGGACAUUUCAUUCAUUGAAAAGGAGGAAAAACACUAAAAGUUUUUAUUUUUAGCUUCAUUUUGAUGGUCGAUCUCCCUGCCUGAGAUUCUUGGACUAACCGAUAAGUAUUUUUUUUGUCCCUCACAGAACGUUCAUUGAUGAAAAACAAGCAAGUAAAAUAACCCGGGACUUAAAGUCAAACCUGUGCAGAUGAAAAACAAGCACUUUACCCACUGUGCAAAGUUACGUUGCAUCGACGUCUUUUCCAGGUCAUUUCUGCGCAUCCAGAUUAGGUCCCCUGAAGGUGCAGACUGUGACGCCAGAUGAUGUCUUCUUUAUGACGUCUUCUGGGCGUCCAGAUGUGGGUAUAUUCUGCUUCAAAUUCGGUCGUUGUUUACGUUCUUCGCACAUCACCCAAACACGUUGAAGUGACGUCCUUUCAUAGUCGUUUCUGCAUGAUAAGUUUUGGUUCCCUGAAGUUGAAGACUGUGACGCUAGGUGACGUCUUUUCAUUCGUGUCCUCAGGAUGUCCAGAUAUGGGCUGAUUCUGGUCUGAUUUUGGCCUCUGUGGAUGUCCUUAUUUCACCCAGACACGUUGCAGCGACGUCUUUUCUAGGUCAUUUCUGCACUUUCAGUUUUGGUCCACUCAAGGUGCAGACAGUGACUUCAGCUGACAUCCUGUAUUUACAUCUCCAGGUCCUCAUUUGGACUGAGGCCUAGUCCACACGUAGCUGGGGUUUUUUGAAAACGAAUAUCCGCCCCUCCAAAAACUUGCAUCCACACCACCGCGUUUUAAAAACAAACUCUGUCCACACGUACCCGGAUAAAUACGUUGUUAAGGACAUGCCAGACCUGUAGGCGGCAGUACUUCCCCCGUUCUUAACCUCGUCCUUCCUCUGUGGUCUUCCGCAAGGAGCAGUAAUUCCGCUUGCAAAAACAAACAAGCAGAAAGCGCUUGGACAAUUGAUGGAUCGGGUAGUGACAGAGCGCAGCUCUGAGGGCUUCCAUGCUGUCGGCUAGUGUAAACACAGGUCGCACACGUGAUGUCAGCAUUUUUUUGGUUGCGGAAAGUGACGUUGCGGAUCUUAAAACUCCGGUUUUGUCCGUCCACACGCAGACACUCAAAACGGAGAAAACGCAGAUCUUCACUUUGGCCGGAGUUUUUAAAAAGAUCCGUUUUCGUGUGAAAAAACUCCGUUUUCGUGUGGAUGACAGGCCAAAACGUAGAAAAAUAUCUACGUUUUGGCAGAUCCCCGGCUACGUGUGGACAGGGCCUAAUUCUAGUCAUGCUAAUUUCAUGCUAAUUUUAGACAGGUUUAUGAACGCCUGACUUACUGGAACUACACCUACACAUAAAAUGCUACACAAAUAAAUCAAGCCCACCAAUUUUAUUUAAUACACACACACACACACACAC